AUGCCCAUUAUCGAACAAAAUUCUAAUGAUACAAAAUCCAUUUACAUGAAACAGGAAAUUAUUACCCAAUCUAGUUCGCACUCUAGCACUACUUAUGGCAGUGGAGAACCCAAGCAUGUAGUUCAUCAAGUAACUAGUCAAUCUCACAGUACAGAGAAACAGAUUAACAAUGAACCACCAGUUGUAACUCAAACGCAAAAAAUUGAAGAAUAUCAUCAAACAGAUAAAGAACCAGCUUCAACACGAGAGGAAACACUAUCCAGUACUACUAUGGAUCAAAACACCAGCAUUACGGAAUCGGUAACGACAAAAAUUGAACCAGUGAAAAUAUUUCAUCAUGUACGAAAAUCAGUUUCACCUAGAUUUAUAUCUCCAUUGGUGGGGAGGAUUGUCGAUAAGGGUUCAGAUAUUGUGCUGGAAGGUAUUGUAGAUGGAUACCCAACACCUGUGGUAAAGUGGACAAAGAAUGGGCAAGAUUUGUACGUGAGUGGAAAUGUAAUCAGUAUGACUUAUGAAUUCAACAAAGCUAGAAUAGAAUUGAAAAAUGUUGGAAUAGAAGACGCCGGUAGAUUCACGUGUACGGCAACUAAUAGUGCAGGCGUUGUUAGCAGCACAGCAGAUAUUGUUGUUAAGAAAUCCGUUUUUCCGCCUGUUUUCGGACGACGGCUACAAGCACAAGUUGUGAAGAAAGGUGAUAGGGUCAUUAUGGAAGUUGAAGUUUCUGGUACACCUGAACCAACUGUUACGUGGCAUAAAGAUGGUAAACCAAUUCAAGAAGCAAUGGCAAAUCCUUUUCGAUUAAAAACACAAGGGCUGUGUCAUCAAUUAAUCAUCGAUAAAGUAUCCAUGGAAGAUACAGGAAAAUAUAUGGUACGUGCCAUAAAUGCUGGAGGUGAAGCUCAAAGUAUAGCAGACUUUGCAGUAUUUGAACCUACUCCCGAUACUAUGGUUGAAGUUGUUAAGACUAUGGUGUAUGAAGAUUUACAAGAUCAAACCCAAAAAGAUGCGACAAUCAAAAAUAUUUCGAUGACGUCUCGCGAAAUUAAGAUCAGUGACAAGUUGGAACCUUUUCCUUACAAACCUGAUGCUCCUAAACCGAAAAGAGCAUCAUGCCCGCCACCGCCGAGUCCUUCCAAAUUCGUUAAAGGCGAAUUUCGCGAAAGUGACUAUGAAAGCGAUUAUGAUUCUCGAAUUCCAGCAAUGUGGCGACCAAUCGAGUCGGAUACGGAUGAAAAGACUUAUAGACCGGUGCGUGUAUCUCUAAGUGCCCCAAAAUCGGGCAGAUAUUCUCAAAAUUCCGACGGUCAGAAGUCACCAACACCUCCUACAGAAUUUGAUAAUCCUCCCGAGUUUACCGGACCACCCAGGCCUAAAUUCUCGCCAAUUGAAAAGCUAGAUACCAAAACAAAAACUUUUGAAAAUAAUAAAACGAUUACGAAACAACAAAUAUAUAAGCCAAAACCUGUAGCUGCAAAAGCUCUUGUUCAAGAUUACAUAAUUGCUACACCUGCUGUUAGAAAAGAAAUAAUUUUACAGCCAGGUCCACAGCCUGAAAUGGGAUACGUGCCGCCACCAAAACGUACACAGUAUUAUACUGGAAAAGCUGGUAUUCCGGUUGCAAAUGCUAUAGAGACAUCAAAAUGCAUGCAGUUUAAUGAAUGUACUGAGAGCAGCCAUCGAGUACUAAAUAUUAGUCAGACUACUCGAGUAAUAAAAUUCGGUGAAGAUACAAGACAAGAAACUAAAUUAGAACCUUUUCCUUACAAACCGGAAGCUGAAAAACCUAAGACUAGAUCCGCCCCGGGUUCAGUGCCAAAACCUAAGAAAUUUAUACCUGGUGAAUUCAGGGAAAGCGAUUACGAGAGCGAAGUGGAAUCGACAAGAAUCAAGGCAAAAUGGGCUCCUCCGGACAGUGAUUCUGAAGAACCUUACUACCGUAAAGUUCGUGCACCUGUAUUUACUAGAUCAGCAAGUUUACCUAGAUCUUAUGGAAGAGUUAUGACCCCUAUGGAAUUUGACAAAGAACCGCCAGUUAUGCCGACAGAAAUUUCCAAAACGUUAGACAUACGAAAAUCUAUGCAAAUGAAACAAGAUAGUUAUAAAAAAGAAACUUUUACCAAUGUCGCGACAAGUUUAGCAAAUUCUCAUAUGACGGACAUGUCGGAAAUGUUUAGAAGUAAAGUGCACAGAUUUGCAGAUGAUGUUUUGACUGAUGUAAAGCAGCAGAGCAAGCAACAGAAACCUAUCUUGAAGACAUCGCAGCAGAAAUUGAAUGUAGAAGACGGCGGAAGCAAUGCGCAAGCUUACAGGGAGGAAUCACGUUUCGCUCAAUACGGAACUAAGCACAUAGAUCCAGACACUGGCUUGAUAUAUUUCAAAUACGAUUUUGGUUAUGAGUUCGGUAUUUUGUUCCCCGGCGAGGGAAAGAAAGUUUUGGCCGGUGGUGGUUCCUCUGCAAAGUCGUCCGGGCGCACCGGCGACAUAGAAGUUCCAAUCAUACACGAAAAGUCGAACGGUGUUCAGCAGGGUUUCAAUACCUUGCCAUUGUGUAAAAAGCCCCAAAGUACUCACAAAAACGUGAAAUGGGAAUCGGAGAGCGAGUGGUCGGAUGCGGAAGAAAUGAAACACCAAGGCUGGAGAUACGAUCAACCUACACCCAGUCCGAAAUCUUUAUCUCCCAGCAUACCGUCGCAGUCGCCACGAUAUUUCUAUCAACCUGAUGCUUCAGAUCGCAGCUGCAACAGCACUCCAGCCAGCUCAAGAGUAUACUCCACUGGACACAAUGGUGAAAUAGCUAAACCUCCUUUAUUUAUAACACCUCUCAAAGAUAUAGCAGCAGUUUCUGGUCAAUCAGCAAGGUUUGAGUGUAUUGUCCAAUCAGAACCAAGUCCGUCUAUUGUUUGGGCAAAAGAUGGACGAAUGUUGCAGCCAACACUGAAUCAUGAAACUUAUUUUAGAAAUGGUGUUUGCAGGCUGAUUGCUAAAAAGCAUAUCCAGCCUACAGACUUCGAAAGGGCGUAUACCGCUAUAUGUUUUUAUGUGGGCGAAAAGCAUGUUGACUUCAGUCUUGUUUGCUUGUCAAUACAUCAUAUUUGA